AUGUUCUUCAUCCCGUUCGUCCUCUUACUCGCAACAGCCUGGGCCAUCCUCGGCGUCCUCCUCGCAAAAUGGCUCAAGCAAGCAGGCUACGCGCGCCCAUUCCGAGGACGAGAAUUUACAGAUACUGAGUUAUACGGGUCCGGGGUAGGAGUAGGCAGUCAAAGAGGGAUGCCAGACUUCGGUCAAGGUCGUGUAAAAGGCGUUUAA